AUUUAUGGAAAUUUCGUUUUAUGCAUAGUGCAAUCAUAUUGAACCAUUUUGUACAAUAGGAAACUUCCUUUUGCCCCCCUUUCCCUCCCAAUAAAUUCCCAUGCCAACAACAAAUCACAAAAUGGUGACACUCAAACAAUAAUUUUUAAACCAUAUAUAAACUCAAACAAUAGUUUUGAUUUCUAAGCAUUCAAUUAGAAAAAUGAACAGGGGUCCAGGGGUAUACUCUAAUAUUGGGGAUAAGGCCAAAGAUGUUCUUUACAAGGACUAUGCUAAACCAUCACCAAUUCAUUUUCAUUACAAAUUCAUGGACUGGAAUGCACUCCUCUCUUGUAAAGUUGCAGAAAUUCUACCUGGAUUCAAAAGCGUUUUCAAAUGUACCAUACCAGAUUCUGGGAAGGUGGAACUACAAUACUUGAAUAACUUCACUGGGAUUACUGGAUGCAUUGGAUUGUUAGGAAGCGAAGAAGGAGAAUAUGAACCUGUUGUAAACUUCUCAGGUCUUAUAGGAGCUAGCUUUCUGUCCCUGGGAGGCAAUGUUGCAUUUCACAUACCAACAAGAUCAAUCACCAAGCUGAAUGCUGGCUUCAAUUUCAACACUGCCUUCCUUGAAGCUUCAUUGACAUUGCAUGACAGCUUUGACACUCUAAAAGCGACAUUUUAUCAUGAAGUGAACCCGCUAUCGAAAACUGCUGUUGCAACACAGGUGAAGUAUAGCUUGUCACUGAAGGAGACUGGUGUCACCAUUGGUGCUCAACAUGCAUUUUUUCCUGAAACGUUGGUAAAGGCUCGAUUCGACAAUUAUGGCAAGGCGGGUGCUCUUAUUCAACAAGGGUUUUGGCAGAGAUUUUUUGUAACUAUGGCUGGAGAAAUGGAUUUUGGGGCCACAGAAAAGGUUCCCAAGUUUGGAGUCUCUAUGGCACUAAGACCCUAGUCUAUGCUCAUGAGAUAAGCUUUCAUGUUAAAUUGAGAGGUUGUUGGAUCAGGAAAGUUUCAAACAAUGACACAAAUUGGAUAAAACUUCUGCAAUUUCCAACAACAGUACUAGUAUUAGAUAUCUAUUUAUCACUUCUACCUGCAUAAGUUUAAAAUGAUUCAUGCUUAUUCAUAUAGAAAAUUAGUCUCUAAAAAUAGCUCUAGAUUCUAGACUUUUUUUUUUCUUUCCUUAGAUUUACAGGCAGUUUCAUGCUAUUUUCGUUCUCUACUUUGUUUGGGAUAACUCUAUAAUUUGUAAAGGGGAGAACAGGUUUCUAUUUCUCAAAUAAAAAGAACCCUGAAAUGCAAGAAAACCUUGAGAUUCCGAGGGACAAAAUUGUAAAGUUCCCUCCUCUCAAUAUUUUUUAUUUAUUUUUUGAAGAUGUA